CGGCCACUCCGACAGCUUUUCUGUGAAAGCUCUCUUGCAGCUAGCUUUUGUGGCGAAAUAAAUUUGCUGUUCAUGCGAAAUGAAACGUAAACAAACUACAUAUAAAGUCCAGCGCAGGGUAACUUCAACAUUCAUUCAUUCACUGAAACCUAACAAAGACCUCAAACACGAUGACCGACUAUGAAAAAGAAAUUAACACUCCCAAUGCUUCAUAUGCAGACCUAGAGAGGAGACUGGAGCAGUACAUGCGAACAAUUUCCAGAUUAAAAGAUGUCUGGAAUGAACGCGAAUGUGAUCCAGGUGCAGUGGAAUUCUUCGGUGUAAUGAGCCUUACCGACGUACGCUCUCCCCGACGCAAGAUCUGGUACAUGUAUUACAGUACCGGCGAUCAGAUUGACGUCACUGUGGACCGCAUCCUUCACAAAUAUGGGAAGAAAAAUAUGUACGAUCUUUUCCGGAAGCCCAUCUUCAGUGGCGCUGGUAUGAGAUCUAUCGUAAAAGAUCAUUUUGCGGCCCUAGAUUGGUAUGUCAAGGGGAAUAUCUUGGAAGCGCCGGCAGAUAACUCCUUCAAUGACGAGAAAGUGAUAAACACCAUCAAUGAUCUGUAUUACGCCGAACGGCGAAGGCAUUAUAAUUUGUUAAUGGUGUUUGAUACUUCUUUUAACCGAUAUUUGAAUAAUCCGCUGUGUACGUAAUUAAAAUAUAUUUAAAUUAACCUACAA